AUGAAGGUCUUCAUCGCAUCGAUCGCUCUGGUUCUGCUGGCCGUCGCCAAUGCUUCCUACUUGCCGUAUGGAGGUGGAGUUGUCAGCAGCUAUGUUUCGGGCUUGCCAGUGACUACAUCGGUCGCCUAUCCAUCCUACGGAGUGUACGGAAAAUCGGUCGGUCUUCCGCUUGUCAGCAAGUAUGCCUACCCUUCGGUGUACGACAGCUACCCACUAGUCAACAAAGUCGUGUCAUAUUCAGCCCCAGCUAAGGUUGUGAGCUAUGGCGGCUAUGGUUAUGGCGGUUACGGCUAUGGCACCGGAUACGGCUAUGGCACUGGCUACGGAUUCGGUUAUGGUAAGGUUUUCCCAUCGAAGUACUAUUUGUAA